AUGCGUUUGUCCGUCACAGCCCUCGUUUUCCUCGUCGCGUGCGGCCCAUAUCUGUCCGAUUGGAAUUUGGGAGGCUCAUUCAAAUGCGCAGCCGCCGGGGAUCCUUACCGAUACCACCAUGGACCGAGGGGCUGGGAACUCGUAGAAGUCCGUUCGAUUGGUGGGGUAUACGCCACAUUUGGUAAUAUACCAACCACUUCACGGUCACAGGUAGACGAAAUCUGGGUUCUGGUAAACUGUAGGAAAUUCCUAGAAAUUGACGCAUGUUCGAACGAAAAGAACAAAAAUGCUGACUACUGCCACGCGCAGCGCGCAUGUGGGAUCGGCUUAUCCGACCACAAAAAAAAAGUGGAUGUGAUAGCCCGAUUUGUCACACGGCGGAUAAAGGGAACGCCUUGGACGCUCCCGUCGCUCCGUGGCUGGGUGGUCAACACAUCCAGCGGGGAUGGGAAACGACGCUCCGAUACGGACGUCUAUUAG